AUGAAGGAUGAAAGGUGUAUUUUUAUAAUAUUACCAGAUGUUACUAAUGAUCUUAAAGACGAAGAAGUUCUAGAAAAAUUAGAAGAAAAAAAUUUUAUUAUUUUGAAAAAAAAAAAAGUUCACUUGACAGAAAAUGAAAUAAAAGAAAUAUUCGAUUUUACACCUGAACAAUAUAAUGAUAUAAAUGAAUUUUAUGAUUAUAUAGAAAGUGGUUUGUCAUUGAUUAGUUUAAUAGAACAUAUAGAAGGAGAUACUAUUAGUAAAUUAAAUUCUUUAACUAAAAGUACUUCUAUAUUAAUAAAGGAUGAAAAAUACUUUGAAUGCUUAGAAUAUCAAUGCAAUUUAAAGUGCAAAAACGUUCCCUUUUAUUUUAGUAAAAAUGAGUGGUAUUUUAUUAGAGAUAUUGAUUUUUUUUUCCCAUCAUAUGACAAUAUAAGUUUGGAACGAACUUUUAUUAUAUUAAAACCUGACGUUGUGGAAAUGAAUAAGAUGAAUGCUAUAGUUAGUGAUAUUUUAAAUUUCGACCUAUUAAUAGUAGCUAUAAAAAGAGGUGUGCUGUCUGUAGAAAGAGCAAAGAAAUU